GGGUGAUCACUGAGUGGACAGCCUCUACCCCUCUCUUCCGGCCUGCCCUUACCCUUAUCACUGAUUGGUUGUGUCCGUUUAUGGCCGCCGGCCCGCUGGGUGUGCCUUGGCCUCAGGGGGUCCCGGUGGGGCCUGAGCCAGACUCAAAGGGGAUGGCCAAACUAGGGGGUGGGUUCAAGCAGCAGUGCAUCCCUCUGUCACCAGAGGGCGCAGGCGCUCCGCAAAUCGCGAUCAGUGAGCUCCCAACUAGGAAACCGUGUAUGUGGUUCUUCUCCGAGGAGACUGAGGUCCAGAGACGGGUUACCGCCCCAAAGGCACACCGCAGCCUUGAAUCAGGGGAUUCCGUGAGCUUCCCCGGUACUCGGCUCUGUCUGUGAGGGGAAGAGCUAGGCCUAGAGGACAAGUAGGAGUUUGCGGAGGCGGAGGAGGGAGGGCAGGUGCUGAAAGUUUGGAAAGGAACGUCGCGGCCAAAGCGCUGAGGCGCAGCCGAGUGGCAGUGUGUCAGGAGCGGGCUGAUGACUCGGGAGAGAGGCUCUGGGAGGGGUCGAGUAGGGGCUACACCGUGAUUCAUGCACAACCCUCUGAGGUCGGGAAUGAUUUUCUUCUGGCUCUACAAACGUGGAAACUCAGGUUCCAAGUGGUUGUCACUAGCCCGGGUCAGCCAGCUGAGCGGGUUUCAAAUCAGAGGAGGGGGCAGUAGGCGCCCGAGUGGAGGGAGGCCCCAUCCACUUCUUCCUCCCUCCCCCAUUGCACAGAGCGGGGGAGACUGAGGCCCGAGGUAGUUAGUCCUAGGCUUUCAGGGCCUCGAUUGGGGCCUGGCUGUUAACACACCCCUCCAGAUCGGGCUGGACGUGCAUCGAGUCACGUCUGCAAUUGGCGGCCGGUUGAUGAUUAAACCGACGGCAGUAUGAUCUUGCUGGGUGACCUCAGGCCCGAGUCCUCCAGGCCUCUGUUCUUCCUCUUGACCCCCGGAGUCUGAGAUACUUGCUCUGUCCCGCAGUGCUUCAGCCUCACACCAGGGUCCACUAGGGUAGAGGGCAGCGGGUCGCGAGCCGGGGCGUUUGUUAUUUUGCUCCACGCGUGGGCGGGGCCACGCCUUUCGCCGCGCCAUUGGUUUAUUCCUCUCCGGGGGCGGGACCUGAGUCUCGCUCCGCCCCUCCCUGCCGUAUAAAUGCGGCGCCGGCGCAGGCAGUGAGGAGUUUCUGGCUCGAUCAGCGAGUGCGCCUGCGCGCGCUUGGUGGGUUUGCGUUCUCAGGCUGCAGCGUCCGCAUCUCGCGCCUCCGCGUCGCGGGUUCGAAGCCAGGGACCGCGCGCCGCGAGUUCGUAUCCCAGCCGCGAUGCUGUUCGACAAGGUGAAGGCCUUCGUGGUGCAACUGGAUGGUGCGAACGCAGGCGCCGAGCCCGUGUUCAGCGGCGGCCAGGCGGUGGCCGGCCGGGUGCUGCUGGAGCUGGCGGGCCCGGCGCGCGUGGGUGCCCUGAAGCUGCGCGCGCGGGGUCGCGCCCACGUACACUGGACCGAGUCGCGCAGCGCGGGCUCGAGCACCGCGUACACGCAGAGCUACAGCGAGCGCGUGGAGGUUGUGAGCCACCAUGCCACACUACUCGCGCCAGACACCGGAGGGAUCACAACGCUGCCUCCUGGACGCCAUGAGUUCCCAUUCAGCUUCCAGCUGCCACCGACGCUAGUGACUUCAUUUGAAGGCAAACACGGCAGUGUCCGAUACUGCAUCAAAGCCACCCUGCACCGGCCCUGGGUCCCUGCCCGCCGGGCAAGGAAGGUGUUUACUGUUAUCGAGCCUGUGGACAUCAACACACCAGCUCUGCUGGCCCCUCAAGCGGGAGCUCGGGAGAAGAUCGCCCGAUCCUGGUACAGUAACCGUGGCCUUGUCUCUCUCUCAGCCAAGAUCGACCGCAAGGGCUACACACCAGGUGAGGUGAUCCCCGUCUUUGCCGAGAUCGACAACGGCUCCACGCGCCCAGUGCUGCCACGGGCGGCCGUGGUCCAGACACAGACCUUCAUGGCGCGAGGUGCCCGCAAACAGAAACGAGCAGUGGUGGCCAGUCUCUCAGGGGAGCCUGUGGGCCCUGGGCGGCGGGCACUGUGGCAGGGCCGGGCGCUGCGGAUCCCUCCUGUGGGUCCUUCUAUUCUGCACUGCCGCGUGCUACAUGUGGACUACACCCUCAAGGUAGAGUAUCCUCGGGGGCUGGGGUGGCUGCGUCUGCUCUGUCCUCCAGGCUGGGGUUCCCCCCGCCCCCCACCAAGACCUCCUGCUAUAGAAGGAGGGUGUGGCCGAGGCUGCCUGGGCACCCUCUAUCAUGGCUCCUUCCUCCAGGUCUGCGUGGACAUCCCGGGCUCAUCCAAGCUGCUCCUGGAGCUGCCGCUGGUCAUCGGCACCAUUCCUCUGCAUCCUUUCGGCAGCCGCUCGUCCAGCGUGGGCAGCCAUGCCAGCUUCCUGCUGGACUGGGGACUGGGCGUCCUGCCAGAGCGACCUGAAGCACCUCCCGAGUACUCGGAUGUGGUGGCCGAUGAGGAGGUGGCGGCCGUGGAGCAGAGCCCCUUCCGACUACUGCAGGACCCUGACAUGGGUGCUGAAGGCCCCUUCUUUGCCUACAUCCAGGAGUUCCGCUACCGCCCGCCACCCCUGUACUCCGAGGAGGAUCCAAACCCACCCUCAGAGGCCGUGAGGCCCCGCUGCAUGACCUGCUGAGUGGCAAGUGGAAACUUCAAGGGAUGAGGUUGUACACAUGCUUCCAUCAGCGUGGACAUGAGUGAGGAGUGGCUGGGUCAAGAACAGACCAGCCUGACUGCACUGAAGUUGGGGAAACCGAGUCUCAGAAUGGGGCAGGGCCAUUCCAGCAUCACACAGAGCAGAGGAAGAGCCAGUCUGGAGUCUGACAUCUCUGGACUGGUUCUCAUAAGGUAUCAAAUGCCCACCAUAAGAUCGGAGAGACUGUUCAACCUGUCUUUGCCAGCCUGUGGUCCCCCAGAAGCCUCCAGUCUGGGAGAGACAGAGCCAGACAUAAAUACUUCCAGGCCCACAGGACCAGAGGAAGGGACCAAGAGCUGGGAGAGUCCAAAGGGGGAGCAGGAAGGCUUCCUGGAGGAAAGAGCAUUUUAGCUGAGGCUUUGGUGCAUGAAUAAGAGCUCAGAGGGCAGGCAAGCAAGGGGAAGGAAAAGUCGAAGAAGGUCAGAGCCGAGUGAUGUGUGGAGACUGCCCCCUUCAUCUUAGAACUGGGGCUCAGAGAGCAAGUGCCUCUGUCGAGGCCACACUGCAAGGUCCGGCAGGCGAGAGGGCCCAGGAAUGAGGCAUUCAGGGAAGCAGGUUAUCAGAGCUGUGUGGGGCAACAGGGCAACAAGGGCAGCGACUCCAGCCUUCGAAACCUUUGAAAGCCAGAGAUUCUUGGCCCAGGCUAGGCUUCCUGGGGGCCCCUCCACACACUCCAGGACGUGAGAGCUGUCUGGGUAUUGUAUGGCCUGAGAAACCCAGGUUCGGAGUGGGACAGACAAGACCAGCUCCAUCACUUGCAAAAUGAAGAUGUGGGGCCCCUUGUUCAAGAAUUCAGAAUUUCAAGACGGGGACAGCAGAGCAUUAAACCAGGCUGCGGGGACAGAGGUCAGCCUGGGGUGACACAGCAGGGCCAGUGUGCUUCUUCUGGGCACCCCCUGUGUCCUGGAGGGACAAAACAUAAUGGGGCAGCUGGACAAGCCCCCAAGUGCAGAGUCCCAGCCCAGGCUGAGGCAGGACCCUCGCCUGGGACUCUGCAUUUCCGUUAAGCCUUAAAUUGUUCUCUUUUGUACAACUAUUUUUUAAAAAUAAAAGCACGGAGGAAGA